ACGCACAGACACACAACUCUCUCUCUCCUUCCUCUGCCUCUUCCUCUCUCCUCACUCAAGGCUCGCUUUUGUCCCUUAUCGGCUCACGUUCUGACUUUCUUGCUCCAUAGAUUUUCUUUCCUUUGCGUAGAAAGAGAGAGAAAACCAGAGAAAAUUUUGAUUUUAUUCGCGAAUAAUUUACAGCCUGAAACACCUCCUCCUCCCCCUGGAGAGAAUUCCUAGCCCUAGAGUCGAAAUCCAUUGGAUCUGGUUCAGUCGGGGAAGGUGUCGGUCCCAGCACUCAGCUUCUCGCAGUUCCUGUGCCCAGGCUGGCGGUUUUUGGGGAUUUUUCGUGCCCUAAACUGUGAAACAGUCCCUCCUUAGGUCGGCAGACGGGAUUUGCGGUUUACUUCUGCGGCGGAAACCCUAGAUUCGAGGUCUCCGGUGUCUGGCACUGAUCGGGGGACCCUGACUUCGCUUGCUAGGCGGUUUUGAUCCGAUCUCCGGUUGAAAACGUUGGGAGCUACAGUUUGCAGGCGCUGUUUUUCUCGUGCCUGCUUUUGAAAACCCUAGAUUCGUUACGGUGGAGCUGAGAGAUCUUGGUGAGAGGUAUUUGAGUUAUAUUGGCGUCGUGCGUUGGAUCUUGAUCGAAUUAGGGUUGCGGAGAUUUUGAAAGCCCAUGCGAUAGGGGUGGUCAGAUUAUUUAUGCCGCCAGAACCAUUGCCUUGGGAUCGGAAGGACUUCUUCAAGGAGAGGAAGCACGAGAGAUCGGAGUCGUUGGGUUCUGUCGCCAGAUGGAGGGACUCGUCGUCGUCGUCCUCUCAUCACGCCGGAUCUCGUGGCUUCACUCGCUGGGGAUCUGCCGAUUUUCGCCGGCCACCAGGUCAUGGUAAGCAGGGUGGGUGGCACCUGUUUCCUGAGGAAUCUGGUUAUGGCUAUGUGCCUUCUCGGUCUGCAGACAAGCUGUUGGAGGACGAAAGCGGCCGUAGAUCAGGUCUCCGUGGAGAUGGAAAGUAUAGUCGAAGCUACAGGGACAAUAGAGGGUCCUUUGGGCAGAGAGAUUGCAAGGUCUCUCAUUCAUGGGAAACAAGCAACGGCUCUUAUACACCUGGGAGGCCAACUGAUAAUAAUAGUCAGAGGCCAGCUGACAUGCUCACUCAAACAUCUUCCCCUAAUGGUGACUUCACAAACCUAAGGGAUUACCAUCAGCUGCACCCAAAAGACCAUCAUGACAAGUCUAGUGAUGUGAAGUUGAUCGGUGCCAAGACCAAUGAUGCCAAUGGGUUGACCUCAGGCCCAAAGCCUGACAAGUCACAAGUGGCCAUGGAGUGGAAGCCUCUUAAGUGGUCCCGUUCUGGGAGCUUGUCUUCUCGUGGGUCAGGCUUGAGUCAUUCUAGCAGCUCAAAAAGCAUGGGGGGCGUUGAUUCCAGUGAAACAAAGGUUGGAGUAUCGACAAAGGAUGUAACUUCAGUGCCAUCCCCAUCCCAGGAUGCAGCUACAUGUGUGACUUCUGCUGCUCCAUCUGAGGAGAUGACUUCAAAGAAGAAGCCUCGACUUGGGUGGGGUGAAGGGCUGGCAAAGUAUGAGAAGAAGAAAGUUGAAGGUCUAGAUGAAAAUGUAUUGAAGAAUGUCAUGGAGCCUGCCCAUUCUAUUGGUGUUAGUGUGGCUGACAAAAGCCCUAGACUUGCAGCAUUUUCUGAUUGCGCCUCUCCUGCAACUCCAUCUUCUGUUGCUUGCAGCUCCUCUCCAGGGAUUGAGGAUAAAUCUUUUCUGAAGGGAUCACAUGGGGAUACUGAUCUCAAUAAUCUAUGUCAGUCGCCAUAUCCUAGUUCCCAGGAUCAACAGGAGGGUUUCUCUUUUAAUCUGGAGACAAUGGAUGCAAAUUCAAUUGCUAAUAUGGGGUCUUCACUUGUUGAGUUGCUGCAAUUGGAUGAUCCUAGCUCAAUGGAUUCUGGUUUCGUGAGAUCUACUGCACUGAAUAAGUUGCUUUUAUUGAGGGGAGAUGUUUUGAAAGCCUUGGAGAUGACUGAAUCGGAAAUUGAUUCUCUUGAAACUGAACGUAAGUCCCUCAUUUCUCUGUCUGGAGAUCACUGUCCAUGCACAGCAUCGUCCAGUUCUCUGGUAGUUGAGGCCGACGCAAAACCUGGUGAAAAUGAUGAAAUCUCUAACGUUGUUUCUCGGCCAUCUCCUUUGGAGAUCUUUUCUUCUGGGAACAUGGACAAGGGAGGGUUGCCUCUUGGUGAUGGAAGAUCAGAGGAAACUCAUGCUGCAAAUAAUGCUGGUGUUGAUAGCCCUGGAACUGCUACAUCUAAGUUUGCUGAACCAUUCUGUCUUUUGAAGGGAGCUGUAACCACUGAUAGAGUGAAGGAAGGUGAACGUGCUGAAGAUAUGGAUGCAGCACAGGUUGCAGACGUUGGAAGAGGAGCAUUAUCGCUUGAAAUAUCUGUGGAGAAAACUAAUGCAUCUCCCUCGAGGGAUAAAACCAUGGUGCUGUUCUGUGAGGAAGAUAGGGCCAAUAAUAGUGCCAAUAUGCUCAUUAACUCAGAAAUGAUGCUACCCGAGUUUAUUGUGGCCUCUAAUAAGGAAACUGCAAGCAAAGCAUGUGAAGUUUUUGACAAGCUGUUGCCGAGAGAUCAAAGUAGUUUUGAUGUAUCGAGGGUUGCUUACGUGGCAUCACCUGAGAUCGACUCACUCAUCAUAAAUAACUUUGUGAUGAGGAAGCGUGCUCUAAGGUUUAAGGAGAGGGCUGUAACACUUAAAUUUAAGGCCUUUCAGUACAUCUGGAAGGAAGAUCUGCGUUUGCUUUCCUUGAAGAAAGUACGUGCAAAAUCUCAGAAGAAGAUUGAGUCGAGCCUUCGUGUGACCCCUAAUGGAUCUCAGAAGAAUCGCUCCUCCAUUCGUUCUCGUUUCUCCUCACCUGUGGGCAAUUUGAGCCUGGUACCAUCAUCACAUGUUUUAAGCCAUGCAAGCAAGCUGCUCUCAGAUUCCCAAAUGAAGUCUUACAGGAAGUACUUAAAAAUGCCGGCAUUGAUCUCAGAUGACAGGGAGAAGAUGGCAUCCAGGUUUAUCUCCAUGAAUGGUCUAAUUGAAGAUCCUUGUGCCGUCGAGAAAGAGAAGAAAAUGAUUAAUCCAUGGACGGCAGAAGAAAGAGAAAUUUUUCUGGAUAAGUUGGCAACCAUUGGGAAAGAUUUCAGCAAGAUUGCUUCUUUCCUUGAUCACAAGACAACUGCGGAUUGUGUUGAUUUCUAUUACAAAAACCACAAGUCUGAUACUUUUGAGAGAACUAUGAAGAAGCUGGACUUUGGAAAGCGAGGAAAGUCACUAGCUGCCAAUAAUUACCUGGUAACAUCAAAGAAAAGAUGGAGCCGUGAGGUGAAUGCUGUCUCCCUUGAUGUCCUCGGCGCUGCUUCUGCGAUGGCAGCCCGGGAGGAUGAAUUCAUGCUAGAACGACAAGGAUGCGCUGGAGGGAUAUAUAUGAAUGGCUAUUGUAACUCUAGAUCAUCACGAGCUGAUUGUGGUGACUUGGAGAGGAGUAGCAGUUUUGAUGUUCUCGGGAGUGAAAGGGAGACAGUUGCUGCUGAUGUUUUAGCUGGAAUAUGCGGGUCGCUUUCAUCGGAAGCAAUGAGUUCGUGUGUCACAAGUUCUGUUGAUCCAGCUGAGGGAAGCAGGGAACUGAAGUGUUCAAAGGUGGAUUUUGUCCGAAAACGGCCUUUUACACCUGAAUUUAUGGAGAAUGUAGAGGAGGAGACAUGUUCAGGUGAGAGUUCUGGGGAAAUGGACGCCUCUGAUUGGACGGAUGAUGAGAAGUCUGCAUUCAUGCGAGCUGUAUCAUCUUAUGGUAAAGAUUUUGCAUUGAUCUCACGGUUCGUUGGGACACGAUCCGUAGAUCAAUGUAGAGUUUUCUUUAGUAAGGCUCGAAAAUGCCUUGGCUUGGAUUCAUUGCUUCCUAUCUGCAGAAGUAGGGAUACGCCUGUCAGUGAAGAUGCCAAUGGCGAUGGUGACAUGGAGGAUGCCUGUGGCUUAGAAAUUAGUUCAGCCAUUUGUGGUGAUAAGUUAAGCUCUAAAAUGGAUGAGGACUUGCUUGUCAAAGACGUAAAUCGAGUUGAAACUGAUUGUAAAUCCUUGAACUUUCAGGAUGACCUGAACAAAUCAGAUGGGAACACUGGUAGUGGAGAGUUAAGCUGUGAAUACGUCAAAGAUAUGGAAAUUGUGGUCCCUGAUGUCUGCCAGAUGAGAGAUGGGGAUGAGGUAGUUUCUGAAGGUGUUGGUUCCAUUUCUGCAUCAGUUGGAACUCAGAAAUCUAUAGCAGAUUUAGACGUCACAAGAGUGGAAGCAACUGGAGCAGGUGCUGCUCUGGUAGAUUCAGCAUCUAUCAGGGAAGAUACUGAUCACAGCUACCCUUUCUCAGCUUCUGCUGAUGGUAAUCAUGCAAUUCAAGCAUGCUCGGAAGGUUUUAAAAAUGUAGCAUGGGGACAGGAGGCGUUGCUUCCUCAGAAGUGCAAUGGUGAUACAACUCAUGGAAGUAGUUUGCUCUGCUCGUCGGGAGAGUUUGAUGCGAAGAUUAAUUCUUCUCGAUUGCCUGCUGAUAGAAGCCCGUGUUUUGGGUUCAUUCUCAAGUCUGAGUCAGAGCAUCAAGGUUCGCUUAUUUUGGACCCUGUCGAAAAAUCUUCCAGUGAUUCACGGCAUGAUGAAAAGUUUCAAGGUGCCACUAGAUCUUUGUCAUCAGAUUCUGCUCCCAAUUAUUCCAAGAACAGUAGAACCCAAGAUAGAAUGUCAUCAACAUCUGAUGGACCACCUAAUAAAGAGAAGCACAAGCAAUUUGUCAGUAAUGACGAAUAUUACAAGCAUGUCUCUGGAAGUCCCCUGCUGAGCCAGAUGGAAUCAUCCCAGAUACUUCGAGGUUAUCCGAUACAGUUGCAUGCACAGGAGAACAGUGGGUCCACCAGUGGAGAGUUUUCCGACGUUCAUAAACAUUCGAAGCCUGAGAAUAGUUUUUCCUGUCGAUAUGUGCUGCCGGAUUUCCAUCUUAGGAAGUGUACUACCAGCAAAUCUCACAGUUCUGUAGCUGAGCUUCCUCUCCUGCCACAUAAAUCAGAACAACCUAUUGGCUUGUCCAAAAUUGAUAUUCCAAGUUUACCAGACUCCCAGAAACAGAGUAAGUCUGGUGAUUUCAAACUUUUUGGCCAAAUACUCAGCCAUCCACCGUCUCAGCCUACACCCAAGGUAAAUGUCCAGGAUAAUGAUGAGAAUGGAGUCCCUCAACGGAAGUCGGGCAGGAAGGAGUCUGAUUUGAAACCCAAUAGUAAUCAUAAUGAGGGUGGGAAUUCGGCGAUGCUAAAGUUCGACCGUAAUAACUACACAGGCCUGGAGAAUGUUCCCUUGAGGAGCUACGGUUUCUGGGAUGGUAACAGAAUUCAGAUUUCGUCUUUGCCUGAUUCAGCACUCUUGCUGGCCAAGUAUCCAGCUGCAUUCAGUAAUUUUCCUCUGCCUGCGACUAAACUGGAGCAGCACACAUUGCAGCCGGUGUCCAAGAGCAGCGAGUGUAGUUUGAAUGGUGUCUCUGUUUUCCCAUCAAGAGAAGUGACCAACGGCAAUGGGAUUGUGGAUUAUCGGCUUUAUAGGAGCCGGGAUGAAUUGAAAGUUCAACCGUUCGCCAUAGAUGUGAAGCAACGUCAAGAUGCAUGCUCUGAGAUGCAACGGUAUAAUGGGUUUGAAGCAGUGUCUGCCGGCAUUCAGCAUCAAGGGAGGGGGAUGAUUGCAAUGAACGUAGUGGGUAGAGGAGGUGUGCUUGUGGGGUCCCCAUGUAAUACCGUUUCGGAUCCUGUGACGGCUAUCAAAAUGCAAUUUGCGCAGUCUGAUCCGUUGGUGGGGCAUCAGAAUGGGAAUAUUGUCAGAGAGGAAGAGUCUUGGAGAGGUAAGGGGGACUUAGGAAGGUAGUUGAAACGGUGGGCGGGCCUUUUGAAAGGGGUCCUCAACGGCAAUUCUCUCUUUUUGCCGUUUUGACUUGUAUAAUAGUUUUUGUAUCGCUCCAUUUUAAGUCUUCUUUUAGAUUUCGUAUUGUUCAAUUAAAAUGUAGGCGAGACGGACAGGAGAACUGUCUGCUUUUUGGGAAAAAAAGAAGAAAUGAUUGUAGUUGGUUGUAAUGUUGCAGCUGCAGCAGCCGCAGUCCUUGUAUUGUUGUAUUAGGUGGGAUAUACAGCAAUAAUCUCUGGAAAUCUUUUAUCCUUUUCUCUA